UAUCUCAAUAGUGUGGUUAGCUGUUGGACAAUGGCUGGAAGUUGGUGGCUGGUUCAGGUAUUAGCACUGUGUGCUCUCUGUCAUGCUCUUCCAAAGAAGGGUAAGUGGAGUAAACUGUCCCAGAAUCCUCCAGCUCUGAUGCUCCAGCAAACUGACCAGCGGCUUCAGCAGUCAGUUCAACAGACUAAUCAGCAGCUUCCUCAGAAGAUUCAGUUUCAGAAGCAAGUAGCGAAGGCUGAGCCUUUGGACAGAUGUUCUGUAGCUGAUUCUGAGCAGAUCCAAUGUGGACAACCUGGUAUCAGUAGUGCUGAAUGUGAAGCUAUCAACUGCUGCUUUAGUGGACAGCAGUGUUACUAUGGGAAGACCGUGACUGUCCAGUGUAUAAGAGAUGGUCAGUUUGUGGUAGUGGUGGCUAGAGAUGUUACACUGCCUCGACUGAGUCUGGAUUCAGUCAGUUUACUGGGAGGAAGUGACCCAGCUUGCAGUCCUGUGGGGUCCACACCUUCCUUUGCUGUAUACCAGUUCCCUGUGACUGCAUGUGGCACAAGAGUGAUGGAGGACAGCGGUUAUGUGGUGUAUGAGAACAGAAUGAGCUCCUCGUAUGAAGUGGGGAUUGGACCACUUGGUUCAAUCACAAGGGACAGUCACUUUGAGCUUCUCUUCCAGUGUAGGUACUCUGGCACUUCUGUGGAAGCUCUGGUUGUGGAGGUCAACACUGUUCCUCCACCUCCACCAGUAGCUGCCCCUGGACCCCUCAGGGUGGAGCUUAGACUGGCCAAUGGUCAGUGUGUCACCAAAGGGUGUGCAGAAGGGGAUGAGGCCUACACGUCCUACUACAGUGAUGCUGAUUAUCCCAUCACAAAAGUCCUGCGGGAGCCUGUGUAUGUUGAGGUGCACAUUGUGGAGAGGACUGACCCCAACAUUGUCCUGAUGCUGGGACACUGCUGGGCAACUUCUGCCCCCAAUCCACUCAGUCUCCCCCAGUGGGACCUUCUGGUUGAUGGAUGCCCUUACCAGGAUGACCGUUACCUGACCACAUUGGUUCCAGUGACUGGCUCUUCUGGUCUUCAGUUCCCAACCCACUACAAGCGCUUCAUUGUGAAGAUGUUCACGUUUGUGGAUCCCACAUCACUGGCUCCUCUGCAGGAAACUAUCUUCAUCCACUGUAGUACAGCGGUGUGCCAUCCGUCUUCUGGCUCCUGUGAGCAAAGCUGCGGCAGGACGAGAAGGGACACUCAUGUGAAGACCAUCUCUAGUGAGCAGACGGUGGUUUCUAGUGGAGCAGUUACUCUGAUCAUGUAAAUUUUUUUUUUUUUUUUAAUAAAGUGUGAAGCCCAAAAUAA